AAGACACACGGCUUGAUACUCUUCCUCACGUUCUCAAUAUCGAUCCCAUUAGCCACUUUCCUCAUUCGCAGACGCUUCAAAAAGGCAUUCGUAAUCCACUGGGGUCUGCAGCUUGGCAAUACGAUCGCCAGUGCAAGCGCUAUCAUGAUAAUGCUUGUCAGCUCCUGGGCCUCAAUCAAAGUGACCGCAGGACCGCAUCAAUACCUCGGUUUCAUGAUUUUCAUUCUCCUCUUCGUGCAGCUUGCGCUUUGUUAUUUGCAUCACCUAAUUUACAAGAAAAGGCAGCGUCCGACUCUUGUCACGCUACUACACAUUACACUGGGGUGGCUGAUUAUG